CCCCUCCCCCGGUCCCCAACAUGCAGGGGGAACCCCAGGCCUUGGGCUUCAGCCGCGAAAGGCCCACUCCCAGCUCCGCACGGCCGCUUACUGCGUGCCUGGGCGUCCCCGGGCCCGGACGUCUUGCAGACUCCAGGUGCGCCUAAUCUUAUGGGAUGCUCCCUGGCAAAGCGGCAGGUUGUACUGGACUGGCCACAGGUGUCUGGCCCAGGCCGCUGCGGCCGCGUCCGCUCCAGAGCGCGACCCCGGGGCGAGCCCGACCGGGCGGCAGGACCCUGGCAGGCGCCGCGACGCCCGCCGUCAGCGGGCCCGAGGACAGCGCCGAUAUCAGCGACAAGAUCCUCAGUGAGCCCCUCAAGCACUCCGACUUCUUCAAUGUCAAAGAGUUGUUUUCCGUGAGAAGUCUCUUCGAUGCCCGCGUGCACCUGGGCCACAAAGCAGGCUGUCGGCACAGGUUUAUGGAGCCGUACAUUUUUGGGAGCCGCCUCGGCCAGGACAUCAUCGACCUGGAACAGACGGCCGCACACCUGCAGCUGGCGUUGAACUUCACGGCCCACGUGGCCUAUCGCAAGGGCAUCAUCUUGUUUGUGAGCCGCAACCGGCAGUUCUCACACCUGAUUGAGACCACGGCCCGGAACUGUGGCGAGUACGCCCACACCCGCUACUUCAAGGGCGGCCUGCUGACCAACGCCCCGCUCCUCUUGGGCCCCAUGGUCUGCCUGCCAGACCUCAUCAUCUUCCUGCACACGCUCAACAACGUCUUCGAGCCCCACGUGGCUGUGAGAGACGCGGCCAAGAUGCACAUCCCCACGGUGGGCAUCGUGGACACCAACUGCAACCCCUGCCUCAUCACCUACCCCAUCCCUGGCAACGAUGACUCGCCCCCGUCCAUCCACCUCUUCUGCAGGCUCUUCCAGACCACCAUCAACCGGGCCAAGCAGAAGCGGAGGCAGAUGGAGGCCCUGUAUCGGCUGCAGGGCCCAGAGGGGCUGGGGGCCGGGGUUCAGGGGUCGGCUGCCUCUCCUUCCCUGGGAGCCUAGGCUAGGCUGGACCUGGGUCCCUCCCGGGACGGACCCACUCCCCUCCCGAAGGAGAGUGGCAGCCAAGCCUGCCCCUAAGCUGGGAACCCCUUCCCCUUCUUGGCCAUGGUCUUUAGCAGGUUCCCCAUUGCGCUAGGCAUUGAUUGGGUCCCUGCUUUUGGUGACCGUUCUGGCAGCUGCCCGCCCCCCCCCCAGCGCCGGGGCCCCACUUCAGACCCAUGGGGCCCAGCAGGCACACAGAGCAGGCAGCCCGUCCAGAGAGGACCCAUCGGGAAGCACGCUUGUCCCGGAGACUGAAAAGCCUCACACCUUGAGUUUUGUCCUCUCACUUUUCAGUCCCUGCCAACCUACACCACGGCCGGGCUGCUUCCUCCACGGCACAGUUUCUGGGGCUGCUGUGUCACGUGAGGCCACAAGGCGAGUCCCCCGGAGGAUCCCAUCUGGGUUGGGACGGGCCAGGCCAAGCGGACAGCAUGAUUCCCACAGAAAUAAAGCUUAUGUUUGGACAAA